GGGUACCUGGUGGCAGGAUCGGGCCCUCGUGGGACAGCAGCACCCAGAGGUUCACUUCCAGAUGGCAGCGGGGCCGCAGGCAGCGAUGGAGCAGGCGAGCAGCCCAGGUCUCAUCUCGGCCACCGAGGUGCUGGUGGCAGCUGCCACUUUCUGCCUGCUCCUGCUGCUGACCCAGACCCGCCGGCAGCACGCACCCAAGGGGCUGCGCAGCCCUCCGGGUCCCCGCGGGCUCCCCAUGCUGGGCAACGUGCUGGAGCUGAGGAAGGACCCACACCUGGUGCUCACCCGGCUGAGCCGCAAAUACGGGGACGUGAUGGAGGUGACCAUCGGCUCCCGGCCCGUGGUGGUGCUCAGCGGGCUGGAAACCAUCAAGCAAGCCUUGGUGAGGCAAGCGGAAGACUUCAUGGGACGCCCCGACCUGCCCAGCUGGCAGUACGUCUCCAACGGCCACAGCCUGGCGUUCAGCUACGAAUGUGGGGACGCCUGGAAAGCCCGCAGGAAGCUGGCGCAGAACGCCCUGAAGACCUUCUCCAUCGCCGCCAGCCCCACGGCCUCCUCCAGCUGCCUCCUGGAGGAGCACGUCUCCACCGAGGCCAGCUACCUGGUCACCAAAUUCCUGCAGCUGAUGGAGGAGAAGCAGAGCUUCAACCCCAACAGCUACCUGAUGGUGUCGGUGGCCAACGUCAUCUGCGCCAUAUGCUUCGGCAAGCGCUACGACCACGACGACCAGGAGCUGCUCAGCGUGGUGAACAUGAACACCGAGUUUGGGGAUGUGGCUGCUGCUGGCAACCCGGCUGACUUCAUCCCUCUGCUCCGCUACCUCCCCAACCGCGCCAUGGCUGCCUUUAAGGACGUCAAUGCUCGUUUCAGUGCCUUCGUACAGAAAAUUGUCCAGAACCAUUACAGCACCUUUGAUAAGGAGCACAUUCGGGACGUCACGGACUCAUUGAUUGGGCACUGCCAGGAGAAAAAGACAGGGGAGGAUGUCCGCGUCCAACCCUCUGAUGAGAGCAUCAUCUCCAUCGUCAACGACCUCUUUGGGGCAGGCUUUGACACCGUGACAACCGCCCUGUCCUGGUGCAUGAUGUACGCUGCCUUGUACCCCCACAUCCAGAAGAAGAUUCAGGCAGAGCUGGAUCAGACCAUCGGCCGGGAGAGGAGACCACGGCUGUCCGACCGAGGCAUGCUGCCCUACACAGAAGCCUUCAUCCUGGAGGCGUUCCGGCACUCCUCCCUCCUGCCCUUCACCAUCCCGCAUUGUACAACGAAGGACACUGUACUGAAUGGCUAUUACAUCCCCAAGGACACCUGCGUGUUUAUCAACCAGUGGCAAGCGAACCACGACGAGAAGAUCUGGAAGGACCCCUCCUCCUUCAAGCCCGAGCGCUUCCUCAAUGCAGCCGGCACCGAACUCAGCAGGACGGAGGCUGACAAGGUGCUGAUCUUCGGCCUGGGGAAGAGGAGGUGCAUCGGGGAGUCCAUCGGGCGCUGGGAGGUCUUCCUCUUCCUCACCACCAUCCUGCAGCAGCUGGAGAUCAGCCUGGCCCCCGGGCAGCGGGUGGACAUCACCCCUCAGUACGGGCUGACCAUGAAGUACAAGCAGUGCGAGUGCUUCCAGAUGAAGAAGCGCUUCCCCAGCAAGGGCUCUGCGUGAGGAGGGAGGGGAGGGCCGAGCCUCGGGGGGCUGAGGGCUCGCACCCCAUUGCACAGAGAUGCUCCCAUCGCCGCAAUGCUUCACUGCGGGCAUCCGCAUCCCUCUGCUGUGCUCAGGACGAGCGCCCUGAAGUUGGCAUCAUGCGGGGAAUCCCUCAGCGUUUGCACACUGCUGACAGACAGCCUGACUACUAGAAAUACAGGGGUAGUGCUGCUCGCACUGAAGGAAUCAGCUGGCCUCCUAAGCAGGAGCCUCCUAGGGAAUACCAAAUGAACAACAAGAAGGGACACAAAGCAAUAAGAGGCCCAGGAGAACACUUCUGGCUGCCAGGUGAUGCACCGUGCUGCUUAUUUUUUUCUUCUUUUGGCAAUAGAUGUAUGCAUUACGGCUAAUAAAAGGAAGGGUCUGAGGACUGCGGGGCGAUGGAGCAUCAGUGCCUGUUUUUCUGCAUCCCGCAUAGAAAGGCAUUCCUUUCCAGAGGCAGAAGCUGCCCAGGUUUUCUAACCUAAUAAACGUGCAAGCUGCUUGCA